GGGCGGCGUGAGGGGAGAAUUUCAGUUUAGAAGAAAACAGCUGACUUGGAGUGGAGACAAACUUAGGAUAGAGAAACUGUGUUUCGUAUAUAGUGAAUUAUAUAAUAUAUAAUUGAAUUAUGAAUUAUAUGAAUUAUAUAUUAUAUACUAUACAGUUCACUGCUCGUAUACAAUAACUUAACCUGACACGACGUGUUAAGUUGUAAUGCAAAAUCGUCUCAUCUUUAUAUUCGAAACACAUUAGAAAAUCUUGCAAUUUAAGGGGACCGCUACUUACAAUUGUAAGAUGAAUAUGACGCCUCCUGUCAAACCACCGCGAGGGAUUAAGCCGACGAAAGAAACGAGCGGUUUGCUGAUCUCGGUGAUACGCGCUUUAUCAGCAAGCGAAACGAACGAGCAACGCGAGAUUGAGAAAGCCAAGUUGGAAAAGGAGUACAAACGAAGCGAUCAACGACUGGAGGAAUUGGUUUCGUCGCACGAUCAGGAUCUCAUGGAAGUUAUGCAAAUAUUCAGUGCGCUGUCUGAGAAAGUUACGUCGUCACGAGAGAAGAUUCAUGCGGUGAAGGAGAAUCUGAAUGCCUGCAAACAAUUGCUGAGAUGUAAGCGAGAGGAGUUACUGAAUUUGUGGCUGGAAGGAAUAGAACACAAACAAGUUUUACAUCUUCUAAAAGAUGUAUCGUCAGAUUCCUGUGGACGUAUGAUAUCCUUAACAGAGCCUGAGUUAUUACCAUUAUCCAAUACGUCGCACGAUACUUCAACAGAUCAGUAGUCAAAAAUCUCUCAUCUCAUUUUGUAUAUAAAAAUAUCUACGGUAUUAUAUAAGAUAAUAAAUAGAAAUUAUAAAUUUGUAGUUUCAGAGUUUGUAACAUUAAAUAAAUUAGAAUUAUAAUCAAGUUAUGUGAUAGUCUCUAAGUUAAACUGUACAAUAAGUUUCUAUG